GAAAACAGAGGCGGAAUUUUGCUGGAAAAAUCCCCUCUUAUUCGUGUGCAAAACUAGUUUACUCUCUCAACUGGGUCAUCUAAAUUCCAUCUCCGGCCGCCGGAUCCCCUCCUUCGCCGCCGCUACCGCUGUCUUCUUCGCAUUCCUCCGAAUUCCCAAUAAGUUUUUGAGUGUUUCUGUUAUUUGCAAUGGAUAAGGAUAGGUAUGAUAGGGAAGAUGAUGUUUCUAGAGAACGCUGGGAUGGAGGAGCCUACAGUGAUGAAUUAGAGCAAAACGAUAAGCAUCGGAGUAAGGACAAGAAGAAGAGCAGCCUGGAAGAAGAAAAGGAUCAUCGAAGUAGGGAUAGAGAGCGGGACCGUUCAAAGAGAAGUAAUGAUGAGAUCUUGAAAGAAAGGGAGAAAGAUUUUAAAGAUUUGGAAAAGGAUAGAGUGUCGAGCAGGGAAAGGAGGAAGGAUGAUAGAGAUGAACAUGGAAAGGACAGAAGUAGAGAUAGUAAGGUGAGAGAAAAAGAGAAAGAUUAUGAUAGGGACAAGUAUAGAGAAAAAGAACAUGAGCGUGAGAGAGAAAAGGAUCGAAAGGAUCGAGGAAAGGAAAAGGACAGGGAAAGGGGUAGAGACUCUGAGAAGGAGAGGGGGAAGGAUAAAGGUAGAGAUAGGGAUAGAGAAAAGGAAAAGGAAAGAGACAAGGCCAAGGAAAGAGAGAAAAAGGAUCGAGAGAAGGAGAGGGAAGGUGAAAAGGAUAGGGAUAGAGAUAGAGAGAAGGGAAAGGAGAGAAGUAAACAGAAAAGUAGAGAGGCAGACCUAGAGAAGGAGAGAUCAAGAGAUAGGGAUAAUGCAAUCAAGAAAAACCAUGAGGAAGAUUAUGAAGGAAGCAAAGAUGGAGAGCUUGCAUUAGACUAUGGAGACAGUAGGGAUAAGGAUGAAGCUGAAUUGAAUGCUGGCAGCAAUGCAGGUGUAGCACAGGCAUCAUCAUCAGAGCUUGAGGAGCGCAUUGCAAGAAUGAAAGAAGAAAGAUUGAAAAAGAAAUCUGAAGGUGUUUCAGAGGUUUUAGAAUGGGUUGGUAACUUUCGUAAGCUUGAGGAGAAAAGGAAUGCUGAAAAGGAGAAAGCCUUGCAGCGAUCAAAGAUUUUUGAGGAGCAGGAUGAUUUUGUUCAAGGGGAAAAUGAAGAUGAGGAGGCUGUCCGUCAUGCUGCUCAUGAUCUAGCAGGGGUUAAAGUUCUUCAUGGCCUUGACAAAGUGAUGGAUGGUGGAGCUGUUGUUUUGACACUCAAAGAUCAGAGCAUACUUGCUAAUGGUGACAUUAAUGAAGAUGUUGAUAUGCUUGAAAAUGUUGAAAUUGGAGAGCAGAGGAGGCGGGAUGAGGCUUACAAGGCUGCAAAGAAAAAAACCGGGGUUUAUGAUGAUAAGUUCAAUGAUGAGCCUGGUUCAGAGAAAAAAAUACUUCCUCAAUAUGACAAUCCAGUUGCAGACGAGGGGGUAACUCUGGAUGAAAGGGGGCGCUUUACCGGUGAAGCAGAAAAGAAAUUGCAGGAGCUCCGUAAAAGGUUACAAGGUGUUCCCACAAAUAACCGUGUUGAAGAUCUUAACAACGCUGGGAAGAUUGCAUCAGAUUAUUAUACCCAAGAGGAAAUGCUUAAAUUUAAAAAGCCCAAAAAAAAGAAAGCUUUGCGGAAGAAAGAGAAGCUGGAUAUAGAUGCCCUUGAAGCAGAAGCUAUCUCUUCAGGCCUGGGAGCUGGAGAUCUUGGUUCUAGAAAUGAUGCUAGAAGACAGGCAAUUAGAGAGGAGGAGGCCAGAUCUGAGGCUGAAAAGAGAAAUAGUGCAUACCAAUCUGCAUAUGCCAAGGCAGAUGAGGCAUCUAAAUCACUGUGGCUUGAACAAACUCUUAUAGUUAAACCAGAGGAAGAUGAAAAUCAAGUGUUUGCCGAUGAUGAUGAUGAUCUUUAUAAAUCCAUUGAAAGAUCAAGGAAAUUAGCUUUUAAAAAGCAAGAAGAUGAAAAAUCAGGUCCUCAAGCUAUUGCGCUCCGUGCUACCACAGCUGCUAUCAGUCAAACUGCAGAUGAUCAAACUACCACAACUGGAGAGGCACAAGAAAACAAGCUUGUAAUAACAGAGAUGGAGGAGUUUGUAUGGGGUCUUCAGCAUGAUGAAGAAGCCCAUAAACCUGACAGUGAAGAUGUUUUUAUGGAUGAGGAUGAAGUGCCGGGAGUUUCUGAACAUGAUGGAAAAAGUGGAGAAAAUGAGGUAGGUGGAUGGACAGAAGUAGUUGAUGCUAGUACAGAUGAAAACCCUUCCAAUGAGGACAAGGAUGAUAUAGUUCCAGAUGAAACCAUUCAUGAAGUUGCAGUUGGUAAAGGAUUAUCAGGUGCCCUGAAGCUGCUUAAAGAUCGAGGAAUGCUUAAAGAAAGUAUUGAAUGGGGUGGCAGGAACAUGGACAAGAAAAAGAGCAAACUUGUUGGCAUUGUAGAUGAUGAUCGUGAAAAUGAUAGAUUUAAAGAUAUUCGCAUUGAGAGGACAGAUGAAUUUGGUCGAAUUAUAACUCCCAAGGAAGCCUUCCGGGUGCUUUCUCAUAAAUUUCAUGGCAAGGGGCCUGGCAAAAUGAAGCAAGAGAAACGGCAGAAGCAAUAUCAGGAAGAAUUGAAGCUGAAGCAAAUGAAAAAUUCUGAUACACCUUCCCUGUCAGUGGAGAGGAUGAGGGAAGCUCAAGCUCAGCUGAAAACACCCUACCUUGUCCUUAGUGGUCAUGUGAAACCAGGGCAAACGAGUGAUCCUAGAAGUGGCUUUGCUACUGUUGAGAAGGAUUUUCCAGGAGGCUUGACACCUAUGCUUGGUGAUAGAAAGGUUGAGCAUUUCCUUGGAAUUAAGCGCAAGGCUGAGCCAGGGAAUUCAAGCACACCAAAGAAGCCUAAAACCUGAAGUUUGGAUUUUUAUGGUAUUUUCAGCUGGUAUGAAGGGUGAAUGAUGAUGUUAGCUGGAGGCAUGACUUAAGAACUGUUCAGCUUUAGAUUCUUGUUAUCUUCACCUUGUUUUCAUUUUUACACAUACUCAAAAUCUGCACUGCCAACUCAAGCAUUACCCUAAGUUUUUCCUUCUUUCUUUCUUUCAUCUGCAAUCACUGAAAUAGGCUUCACCCAUUUGUAUGAGGAAUCAACCAAGGAUUGUGUAAAACAAAGGUCAAAUUAUGCAAUUAGUUUGUGCUGUCAAAGCGGUGGAUUUAGUCAAUGAACAACAAUGAAAUUGAGUCUGAGUAUUUUUUCCAAUAUUGACAAUGUUAAUCCAUUUAUUAAUAGUGUUAAAAUGUC